AUGCUGGAGAUACAGGCCGUCGACCUCGACCAUGAUUUCUCCGACAAAUUCGAAGCAAACCUCACCAUCCUCCUGCAGUUUCCUGCCCCGAUUCGCCCCUUUUGUGUGGCUUUCGCAGAGCCCGCCGACCGAGAUGCAUUGACUGUCUUCGCCAUCACCACGGCCAACGAGCUGUAUACGAUUACCCUACACCGCGACUUCUUCGCCAACCCCGCAGCCUCGGAACAAGACUCGGAUCUGUGGUGCAAGAGGUCCGAGCCGGCUCUCUUUAGCGGGCGCAUACCCUACAGACUCGUUGCAGUAGACGCAGACGAACUACUCGUAACACUUGAUGAUGGAGCCAUUUGUCGUUUGGAUUGGGACAAGUCAUACAACAAGUGGGAAGGCUCGCGCUACCAGGAAAGCAGUUGGUCGGUACGAGGUCUUUUAUCGUGGAAAGCGCAACCUACAGUUCGGUUUGAGAAUGCAGACUUCGCCAUCUCAGCCGCCGCUGCAGUCGCUAUAUCACCCGAUAAGAAACACAUCCUCUCUGUGUGUCUGGACCAUUCGAUAAGAGCGUGGAAUAUUGCAACAGGAAAGCCAGGUGUUCACAUCGAUCUCUUGGGUGCCGAGGAUCUCGCUGUGGAGAAGUCGCACACUUCAUACACAAUCGGAACCUCGCAGUCGAUGCUCAUGGCGGUUGUGGAGGUCAUGGGCGGAAUAGGAGGGGCAGAUUAUCACGUUGUGACGUACUCGCCAAAACAACAUCAGUUCAAGUUCUGGGGAGUGACGGAUGCCGACGACGAGUAUUCUGGCUUUUACGAUGCGGCUGAUGGCUCAGAACUGAUUCCGCCAAUCGACGAACUCAUGAACACGACCGUGUGGACAUUGGAAGAGUUUCACAUCAUCCCUGGACCCACUGGGUGGAGAGGGUCAGAAAUAUGGAUCCGAGCAAGAUCUGGGCCAAGCAGCAAGGUCUAUUCUCUAAAGUUCGACCUCACCGAUCUUCCAGAAGCACGGACACAAGCAUGGAGGAGCGAUUGGGUAUCCGUCGACUCUGGACCAUUGACAGUGGAAGCUCUCAAGGCAAAUCCUGCGAACCCCAGUGCACGGCAGACGGAUGCUGAUCAGAGUGAACUCGACUCCACGGAGCAGUGGCUGGACUUCUUAUUCUAUCCUGGAAGGUUUACCGUUGCGACAUUAGAAACAUCACUCGUAAUCUACAAGAGAGGGCUGGAGCGAGUGCGCACAAAUCGAUCGGUACACAGAGGCUCCCUCAAAGAGCGCAUAUGUGCCACAGUCACGGCCCUCGCCGCUAACGGCAAGCACGACCCAGAGGAACUCGAGGAAGCUGUAGCUGCGCAAUGGCAAGCAUACUACAGUCUUGUAAAAGACUUACAUAAGCGAAGGGGUGAAUCACUAUCGCUUGCCUAUGAUCGGGCAACUGAUAUGCCCUGGCUUGUUUUGAGCGAUCAUCUAUCUGCCAUCCGGACUUGCAGUGAAUCAGAAGUCACUACAUUGAACGCAGCACUUCUUUCAAGUUCGCGAGCGCUGAGUAAACCUCUACGCAAGACAUUGGACACGUCUGAUUCUCGCGAUGUUGCGCGCUUGCUCAAUGCUGCAGCGUCGUUCCGCCAACGGCUGCCAUUCUUUGUCCAACAAGAAGUUCAACGACACAUGGAGAUGGAUCUGCUCCAGAGCAGGAACAUCACUAUUCUGGACCGCAUGGAAUGGAUCGAGGCCAACAGCGAACUCUCGCAGCACGUGUCCGACGAGGACGUAACCCAGUUGGUGGAAGAGCUCGGCAUGGAGGUAAAGGAUAUCGGUACCGAGACCUUCCUCCGAGCCAUUAAAACGUUGGGCUAUGAGGAAGACGGCAAACCUCAACCGAGGAAGCAGAUUGCACGUUACGGCCUUAGUGCUCUGUCUAGGAUAUCCCAAGAAACGCUAGAGGCCGACCACAACACCCUGUUAGAUUUGCUAGUCCUGCUUCUCUUCAUGUUCAUUGAGUUGGAGGGUGAAAUGCCCGACGACUUUGAUGCCUCGGAGGUCUUCGCCGAGCUACUACUUCGAUACAAGGACGGCAUGACGGUGUCCUGGCUGGCUCGCACAGUCUGGUCUUACCCAAGCGCAACGGGUCUAGCAUCAGAGAAUGCCAACCGCACUUUGAGCGAGACACUGAAGAUUGGGAAGAAGCUGCCCCUCACACAAACGGUGCUCGAAGGAGCAUAUGGCGGACGUGCCUUUGAGGUACCGCUGCCAAAGGACAUGAAGGCCAACCUACUCACACGCUGGAGUCGCGGUUGGUUAGCAUCAAUUUUUGACCAUUUGGAGUACGAGAAUGUGGUCGAGGAUAUCAUGGGCAUCCUGCUCUGCUCAAUGGAGUACGAGCUAGCCUUGGAUUUCUCACGAUUCCUCACUGAAGGUUACUGGGCCACGUACCUUAGAGGGAGGUUGUACAUAGCGCUAGGGGAGCCUGCACUUGCAUCUGCGUGUUUCCAGAAGCCUGCGUACUAUUUAUCUCUCGGCGCAAUGUUCGAUGUCGCGGAACAAGACACAAUAGGCCUGAUUUCAGAGGUGGAGCGAAACUCGUUCUCGGAUGGUUUGGCACGCUACUACAGCCAUGUCAUUGGCUUGUUCGAGAGGGCCAAGGCAUACUCGUAUGUUGCAGACUUUGCGAAAAUUGGUCUACGGUCUCUGCUCGGCCAGGAGGACGAGGCUCUCAAGACCGAACUCCUCCAACGGCUGUUUACCGCUUCAAUCCAGACCUCGAGAUUCCGCGAUGCAUACUCUGCGCUGAUUAGACAUAGCGACACGGCCUUAAAACACAACGAUCUCCAGAGCCUCAUCACAACAAUGGUCGCCCAGUCGCGCACAACAGAGCUCCUCGCAUUCCCCUUUGUAGGUCUCGUAGAUGCCGUCGACACCAUCCUAACCUCGCUCUGUCAAAAGACGCUAAACAUCACGUCUGGUCCUCCAUACCACCAAAUACUCUAUUCCUUCCGCAUCUCACGCAACAACUUCCGCGGCGCAGCAUCUAUCCUCUACGACCGUCUGCAACGCCUCAAUACGACUUCUUCCAAACACCACGACCCGGCCGACGAGUCCCUGGCGCAGUGCUACCUCAUGAUCAUCAACACGCUGUCUUCCGUCAACAAAGAAGACGCGUAUAUCUUGGCAGAUCAGCGCAUGGAUGCAGUGGGCGCACCGCCGCAAUGGGGUAUCGGUCAGGGGAAGAAGCUGCUUAAGAGGCAAAUCAUCACACUGGAUACGCUGAGGAAGGAGUAUCAGGCUGAGCUUGAUCGGGUUGCGGCGAUUGAGACAUGA